GGUUGCAAACCUGUAUAAAUUUCUUUGUUCUGAUAAACAAGAUGGAAGAUAUUUUAAACGGAGUUCCCACGGGUCCUUGAAAGUUUGUGAAUCUGGGGGAAAUAAUUCAAGGCCCUGGGAAGUUUUUGAAAAUAUACAUACAUGGAUAUAGGUCAUUGAAAGUGCUUGAAUCUAUUUUAUGCAAGAAGGAAGGUUUUCUGGAAAAAAAUCCAUAUUUUUCCCUCUGUAGUGUAGGAUAAUAUCAUAAAAAUUCUAGACUUUUGAAGCUCACAUGCUAAACUGUUUGCUUUAAAUGCUUAUAUCUUCUGUAUGCAAAUGUUGAUUCAUACAAAAAUGCUUUUUUGCAUGUGUUUGACAAUGAAAACGUCUUGGGUUACGUAUGUAACUGUUGUUCCCUAAGAAGGGAACGAAACGCUGCGUCUCCCUUGCCAUACUUCCUGCGUUCCUGUAACGCCGUCUUUAUUUCAGAUAGCGAAAUACUUUCUGGCUCCUGCGUCACCCUGUCUUUACCGUUAAGCCUCACCAUUGGUUGAAUUUGAACACAUUCAGACACACUUACCCCUGGAAGCGUCCCCAAAGUGUCUCCGCAGUGACGCAGCGCGAGUUCCCUCGAAAGGGAACUGUAACAAUGUAUCCUAAAAGGUAACAUGAUGUAACCUUGCUCUCACUUGAAAUGUGUCCCCAUAUUUAGUCCUUGAAUUUAAGGGUAUUGGACCUGGAAAGUCCUUGAAAGGUCAUUGAAUUUGAAGUUAACUAAGGUGUGGGAACCCUGUUUAAAGAAUGUUUGUAAACAAACCGUUCCUGAGCCCCAUUCACUUAUUUAGUAGGAGAAAAGAAUACUAUGGAAGUGAAUGGGGCCCAUGAACAGUUUGGUUACAAACAUUCCUCACAAUAUCUUUCUUCGUGUUCAUCAGAACAAAGACAUUUAUACAGGUCUGUAACAACACGAGAGUGAGUAAAUGAUGACAGAAUUUUCAUUUUUGGGUAAACUAUCCCUUUAACUGGUUGAGCAUGGCGCUUAGAACGGCAAGGUCGUAGGGGACACGCAUAUUAAUGAUAUGUGUAUCUUAAAUGCUUUGUAAGUCACCUGGGAUGAAAGGUCCUACCAAAUGCAUAAAUAUAAGAGUUUAAAUUACUGAUUGUUGUGAAUCUUUUAUUAGUCAGGUCACUUUUAAACUUUUGCAUAUAAAAUUUUUGCUCAGAUUAAAUUGGCUGCAAACUGAAAAAGUUCAAUCAAUUGAUUGGACUAUAAAUAUUUUAUAAAAUGUUUAUUGUUAAAGGAUUUAUGUGAUACUAAGUAAUAUUUGUUUCUUGAUAAACCAAGAUGAUUUUGUAUCUAGUUUGGCUUGUGUUUCACAUUCAUCCUACUACUCGGUUGACUUUAAAAUUCUCCACCAGCGUUUGGCUGGUGACAGCUGCAGUUAACUAUGCAUGCAGGCCUAAAAUAGAGCUGCUGCUCCCAGCACACUCCAAUCUGAGAUUCACCCACCGGAGUACUUUCAUUCUGCAUGCACACCUGGUGUGCGCCAAGGCAAAUGCAGCUUUACGUGUGCAUAUACUGCUAUCGAUCUUACAGUCCACGAGCACAUUUAGUGACGCAAGAAGCAACUUCUUAUCUAGAACAAAAAUUGUGUUUUUGAAUAGCGCUUUUUACAUGACACAUUGUUUCAAAGCAGCUUUACAUAAAUUAAUACUGUUAUGUAUAUAAUAAGCAAUACAAUUCUAAUAUUAAUUACCAAUUGUUUAAGCAUUAUGCCUGUUAUGUAUAUUUACAAUAUUAUAAAGGUGAGCUCAUAGAGAUAUACAUGUUCAGUGUUCAAACCCAGGGAAUACACGUACUGAUAAUAAUACACGGUAAAUCGCUUUAGAUUAAAGAAUCUGUCAAAUGCAAAAAUGUAAGCUAAAUUAAUAUAUUUCAGUUUUAAAUGAUUCAUGAGCACAUCUCCAAUAGAAAUAUAUAAAUUAACUCUGUCAAACAUACUCCGCUUUCUGGCUCAAUGCCUUGUAUGGAUAUGCUUUGAAGUGUUAUCUUUAUUAUUUUUGGCCUCUGCUUUAAGGGAGUCUGACCAUCACUUUCCUAUCUUGCUAAGAGUGUGAUUUCAGUGUUCUUGACUGCCGUGUGAAAGUCUACAGGCAUGUACACAAGAAUGAAAAAGAGGCGGCAUGUGAGAACAUUAUUGGCAUGCUACUCGUGGAUGCCAAACAGACUGAGCUCUGAAUAGCACCAAUGACACUCACAGCAAUCUAGUUAAGCUCUAUAUAUGUUAAUGUUGUAGUUAUUAAACCAUCAAAUCACUUCAAUUUUUAAAAUUGAAUUUCAUAUAUCUCAAUUAUUCUAUUUCAAUAAUAAAAAUUAAUAUGACAGGAGUGGUAAAAUGAUCAAGUACCUAUAAACACAUUACAUUCUCUCCUAGACGUCACUGCCAAGUAGCAGAAUGGUGCAGCGCAACAGUUGCAGCAGGGCCAAGUUAUGUGAAACUACAAACAGGAAUGGCCGGGCAGGGGGAGGUAAACAGUGUUAUAUGACCUUCCCUCUCUCAGAUUCUCGAAAUAUGUCCCCCCCAUAGCCUGGGACCCACCUACCCUACCAUACCAAUCUUACAUUACCCGACUCAAAGUUUACUGCUUUAUUGAUGGAAAAAGUUAAAGUUGGUCGGAGUUUUCGUGAAUGCUGAAUGUCAGUAAGCUCCUCUCACUGUCACUUGUUAUCAUAAUCACUCUGCCUCACCAUCGUGUUAUGUUAAGUAGUGGCUCUGUUUUCUGUCUGUCGCUCUUUCCUCCUUGGGUUUCAAUUCCAAACAUGGUUAUCCUUCUCAGGGUCUGUCCCCCCACAUGUGUCGCUCUGUGUUUCCAUCAGUCUCCAGUCUACUAGUGUGAAAGAACGGAGGAAAAGGUGGACCGAUAUUGCAGGACAAGUGGGCGCAAAUGGAUUUUCCUGGAGUGGGAUUAUGAGGCAGCCUUCAUUCCAGCUGUAAGACGUCCAUUCUUGGGGAACAACCUUUUUAUAUCUUCCAUUUAUAUCUUCCAUUUUUACAUUUUGUGUUAUUUGAAGAUAUAACAAAGACAGAAACAUGUCUAGGGACGAGUCUAAUGUGUUACACCAAGUCAUUUACAAUCACACACUCUGUGAUGGAUGGACCAACAACACAGAAGGUGCCAUGUACCAUCUGGGUAACACCAUACUUUUUCUGGGGUAUAUGGGUGGCAGUGGAGCAUAUGGAGCUUUGUACAUCUUCAGUUUUUGUGUUCCUGCCUUCAUAUGUCUGACGCUGUGGGGCUGGAUGACAAUGUGUGGUCUUGACGUCUUCAUCUGGAACUUGCUGCUGACGCUGCAGUGCUUGGCCCAGGUGUGUCAUCUGAUAUUUCGGCUGAUGCAGGACGGUUUGCCCAGCGAGGAGCUUUCUGCGCUUUACUCUGCAGUCUAUCUGCCGCUGGAUGUACCUGUGCAGGUGUUUAAACAGAUCGCCACGGCCUGUGAGAACAAAGUGCACUCUCUAGAGCCAGAAAAAACAUAUGCGGUGGAAGGAAAGACACCUAUUGAUCGGUUGUCUUUCCUCCUUUCUGGCAGGAUUAGAGUGUCCUUAGAAGGUCAGUUUCUCCAUUAUAUCUUCCCUCACCAGUUUCUUGACUCUCCAGAAUGGGAGUCUCUAAGACCAACAGAAGAAGGGAACUUUCAGGUGACACUAACCGCAGAGACGGAGUGCCGUUACAUCUCGUGGCGCAGACGUCGGCUUUACCUUCUCCUAUCCAAGGAUCGUUACACCGCCCGACUUUUCUCCGUCAUGCUUGGAAGUGACAUCGCAGACAAACUCUACUCACUCAAUGACAAACUAUUUGCCAAGAGCGGCGUGCGCCUCGAUAUUCGUCUGCCCAGUCUCUACCACGUUCUUGCCCCCUCUCCACAUAGCAGUGAAGGCGGCAGCGCAAGCUCACCGCCCAGGGGAAGCCAAGGAGAUUCUGCAGUUGUGAGCGUUGAUCCAGAUCCUUCUAACAAGGUCUGCAAGCCGAACCAGGGAAAGGCCCCUAUGUCCAAAUCUGCAAACCAGCACUGGCCCUCAGAUACAGAAUUGCCCUCUGAGAAUGAUACUUCAGGAAAUUUUCCACUUCGGUUUCAAAGAGGACGUGCUCCAUUGGCCCCUACUGACACCCCUAAACUGUAGAAACGGUCGCAGCAAUGCAUCUUGGGACGGUAAUGGAAUCUCAAAUCAAUUCCUAAUCUCAUCACCAUCAAUGCUGUUACCAAUGUCACUGAAGAUUCAUCUAUUAGUUUUUUGUUUGUUUAGGACAGUGGCAGGACAAAUUAAUGUUCACAGAUCUUUAUCAUACCUCUCAAAACUGAUUUUUUUUCAGACAGAUACUACAUGAUUCCACAUCAUUGUGAUUUCAGCAUGCCUGUUUUAUUUGUAUUGGCUUGUGUUUGUUUUAGUUUAAUCUGUUUGUUUAAACACUUGAGGCAGAAAUCGACACAAACAAAAUGAUUCAGUCUAAACAGCAGUUUAACACGGUUUACUGAUAGAUAGAUACAUAAAUAAUGGGUUUUAUUACAAAAUGGCGCAUAUACUGUAUAUAGAAUAAUUCAAGUAAAUGCUAUAAUAUCACUAACUGGCAUUAAGUAUCCAAAACAGACGAGACUGACCAUAUUCGUUCCUGUAUUUUCAUGGGGCCAACUGUUUAUUAAGCUCGGGGAUAAACAUUUGACUUGAUAUUUCUCUAAAUCUGUCAUUACAAAGCAGAGGUUAUCCUUACUUUUAAUAAUGAAUAAACAGAUUCAGAUUUUUAAGUUGCAAAAACUCAUUAAAACGCAGAAAUGUUGAA